AUAGAAACCCAUGAGCCCUGAGGGGCGAGCAGCGGAGACUCCGGGAUCCUGAGGACCAGGGCGCCAUGUCUUUCCGCGACCGCCGCAACUUUACAGAGAUGAUGAGAGCCUUGGGAUACCCUCGACAUAUUUCUAUGGAAAAUUUCCGCACACCAAAUUUUGGACUUGUAUCUGAAGUGCUUCUCUGGCUUGUGAAAAGGUAUGAACCUCAGACUGACAUCCCUUCUGAUGUUGAGACUGAACAAGACCGAGUUUUCUUCAUUAAGACAAUUGCCCAGUUCAUGGCCACUAAGGCACAUAUAAAACUCAAUACUAAGAAGCUUUAUCAAGCAGAUGGGUAUGCAGUGAAAGAACUAUUGAAGAUCACCUCUGUCCUUUAUAAUGCUAUGAAGACCAAAGGUAUGGAGGACUCUAAAAUAGGAGAGGAAGAUAUCAGCAAAUUCAAGUUUGACCUUAGCUCAAAGAUUGCAGAUUUGAAAGCAGCCAGGCAGCUUGCUUCUGAAAUCACUUCCAAGGGAGCAUCUCUGUAUGACUUGCUGGGCAAGGAGGUGGAGCUGAGGGAACUGAGAACAGAAGCAAUUGCCAGACCUCUGGAAAUAAAUGAGACUGAAAAAGUGAUGAGAAUUGCAAUAAAAGAUAUUUUGGUGCAGUUUCAGAAGACGAAAGACCUGCUCAAUAAUGUGGCCUCUGAUGAAGCUAACCUAGAAGCCAAAAUUGACAAGAGGAAAUUAGAGCUGGAAAGAAAUCGGAAGCGACUCCAGACUCUGCAGAGUGUCAGGCCAGCCUUUAUGGAUGAAUAUGAGAAGACUGAGGACGAAUUGCAAAAGCAGUAUGACAUUUAUCUAGAGAAAUUUCGAAAUCUGGCUUAUCUGGAACAGCAACUUGAGGAUCAUCACAGGAUGGAGCAAGAGAGGUUUGAGGAAGCUGAAAACACUCUCCGUCUGAUGCAGAACAAGCUAAAGGAGGAGGAAAAGCGACUGCUCAAGAGCAGAAGUAAUGAUGACUCCGACAUUGACAUCCAGGAGGACGAUGAAUCCGACAGUGAACUAGAAGAGAGACGGCUGUCCAGGCCACGGACAGCCAUGGAGGCACUCUUGCAAGGACGACCCAGCAAACACGUUGUGGGCACAAUGCAUGGUGGAGACUCGGACGACGAUGAAGACUCAGAGGACAGUGAGAUUGACAUGGAGGAUGAUGAAGACGAUGAUGAUUUGGAGGACGAGAGCAUUGCUCUCUCACCAGCUAAGCCCAGUCAAAGAGUCCGGAAACCUGAGCCCCUGGAUGAGAGUGACAAUGACUUCUGACCUUCUUGCCAAGGGACCCAGGCAGAUUGAAAACCCUCAGAUUUGUAGGUAAAGGGGAAAUUAAAGGGUCAGAAGGAAAUAGGCAUUUUGUUAGAUAAGCCAGCAGGACUCAUUGUUAAUGAAGCAAAACCUGUUUCCGCUUUAGCCUCCUGUGUGUUACUCUACACACUCCAAAGCUUAAACAAGAACCGGAGCAAACCCCAAAGAUGAUUUUUUUUCCCUUAUCUAUCUCCUAAAACUUGGGGAAUGCAUGUGUUCUUAGUGAUGCACAUCCACAGCACAAAACCUUGAGAAAUAACAGCCAACGC